UGCUCAGUCUCAGUUUUCAUCCUUUCUCCAAUGAGUGGCAAAGCAGCCUCGGCGUGGAACUCGAACGGAACAUGGGAAGAGCGCGACGUCAGCGCGUGGGCGACUGCCCGGCUCAAGGCAGUCCUCGCGGCGCUCAAGCACGAGGACGAGCGGGUCAAGAUCCGCGUCGCCAGUGUGACCACCGUCGAGGGUGAGGCAAACAUUGUCUUCCCGCGUGGCAAGAAGCGCGCUGGCUACGAGUUUGCAGCCAAGGUCAAGGUCGAAGUCACACCCGCUGGAGCGAGCUCCGCAGCCACAGGCACCCUGGAGUUCCCGUACAUAUGCGACGACGUCUCCAACCACGCGUAUGAGAUCAAGCUGGUGUUUGCCGACAAGGCGGCCCAAGCGCUGUUGGACGAUUACCGAAGUGUGUUUUUGGACGCGGUCAGGACCCAGUUCUACGACGAGCUCAUGCUGCAAUGAUUUUUUUUUUUAACUUGGCUUGGAAUGCAAUUGCCAAAAACCCAAUAGAUACUGCUUUUAAUUGUUUGCAUGGAGUUUUCAACCCAUACUCGGACUACGCACGAGACGAUAAAAUAUAAAAAAUAAAACCCGG